AUGUACGCGUUGGUGUUUGUCGUGACUCUCCUCCUCACUUUCCUUGGGUCCACGCAAGCGGCGCCCGCGCUACCAUUGGAGGUUCGGGACAGCGGUGUCUCUCAAGCCGUGUACGAUGACCUCGUCGUUUAUGCCAAGUACUCGUCUGCCGUCUAUCAGCCAUUCUGCCCUCGCCCCCUGGGUAGCUGGAUGAUCAAAGCUUUCGACACCAAGGGGACACAAGGAUUUGUCGCGCGUGACGAUGCCAGGAAGGAAAUCAUCGUAGCCUUCCGGGGCUCAUUUGAGAUAGUUGAUAUCUUGAUCGAUAUUCAAAUCAUCCUCACUCCAUUGUCGACGCCUGGUGUAUCCAACGUUGGCAGCGCACGCGUUCACACCGGCUUCCAGAAGGCGUACAACUUUGUGACCGAUGAGGUUCAAAGUUUGAUGAAGUCACAGAUCGACGCGUACCCUUCUUACAAGCUUGUCGUUACUGGCCACUCACUAGGCGGAGCUGUUGCCACUUUCGCAGCCCUUGCCCUCAAGUCGAAGUACCCCAGCAAAUCUCUUCGAUUGUUCACAUACGGCGCCCCUCGGGUUGGCGAUGCUGCGUUCGCUUCGCUGGUUGAGAGCCGUUUGGGGAUCAACAAUAUCUAUCGAGGUAAGUGUUCCCCUAACGGCGUGCCGACUCUUCUGGGCAGAUGGCUCGGUUACCGACAUUAUGGCACCGAGUACUGGCAACAUAAAGAUCCAUCCAAACCUGAGAAUGUUCGCAAGUGCAACGGCGGCGAGGACACUUCCUGCAGCAAUUCUAUAAUCUCAACCGGGAUAAACCCACCACACGCCUUCCAGUUCGGCCAAGUGAUGGCUAUUAACCCAUUACUGUGUUUCUAG